AUGACGCGUGAACGUGGCGCUCAUGGUCAUGGUACCCGUGGACGAGGUGCCCGAGUUGCUCCGGUUCCCCCACUUAUUCCUCCGCCUCAGCUUGCUGUUCCGGUUACAGAGGCUCCAGUUGCUCCGGUUCCCCCUCCUCACCCUGUUGUUCUAGUUACAGAGGCUCCUACCCCCUCGGUCGCACCCAUGCCUCCGCCUGAGGCGAGUGUCGCCCCUGCUUUUCUGACAGUACCCAUAAGAGUCGAGCAUUUUCAGCAGUUGAUGCAGCUUGUACGUACUGCAUUGCAAACCCAUCAGCCUGCUACCGCCGAGGUUUCUAGGCAGUCUGACCUACCGCGUGCUAGUGCGAUAGCUCGAGAGUUCCAACAGCAUGAUCCCCUGAGGUUUAGUGGUGACCCUGACCCUUUUGCCACCAAGGCUUGA